UAGUUUAAUGAUGCUUAACAAUAUCGUUGCAUGCGAUACUUCCAAAGUCUUGUAAUUUCGAAUUUUGUAUUUAUCGACAGAAAGUAUUAAUAGUUUUUACGAAAAACUUCUUUACCGACGCAAUCUUUCUUUAUUCAAGUGAUGAAAGUGACUCUUGAAUCAAGCGAUUCAAAUUUUUCUCAGUUAUUUUUUUUAUUUCUUUAUUUAAUAAAUAUAAUUGGUGUUGGAAAUAAGUAUAAUUUUAUUUUGUAAAAUAAAUUUUAAAUUAUAAAAUUGAUUGAAUUUAUUACAUUUCUCUUUUCUUUUAGAAAGAAUAAUGUUCAAUUAAAGUUUGUAUAAUCCUAUUAAAAUCGUAUAAAAAAAAUCGAAUAGCCAAUUAUAUCGAAGGAUCAACUUAUAAGUUUCUGUUAUUUUUCAUAAAAAAAAAAUAUGAAAAUAUUAAUUUAAAAUUUAUAAUAACCAAUAAAAAAUUGAAGUAGAAGAAACGUUGCGAUGAUGCUAUAUUAGGAAAUAUGGCAAGAGGCCAAGCAGAUGGCAAAUUAUAAAUUAAAGAAAAGAAUCUCAUCAAUAGAAAUUAUUUCAAAUCAAUAAGAAAUUCACCAACGACAAAAAAAAAACGAUAAUCCUCAGAUAAACUUUAAACUUUGAGACCAAAAUGAUCCGCAAUGAUAUCGAUACGCUAUAUUGAAAGUUUUAUAUAUAAUAAUUUCAAAUAGAGACUGAUCUACGCCACGAGUAAAAAUGGAAGAGAUGUUAUUAUUAGGGGAAUUUAUUUUUCUUAAGAGGUAAUUUUGAGAUGGUGGAUCACCGAGGGCGGUAUCCGCAUGCCUGUUUAACGAGUCGGUUUCCGACUACGGCCUCUUGCCAACGAUGAUUUUCAGAACUUGGCACCCAAACGUAAUUGCUUUUGCACGCUCGAAACGCCGUUGUCACUCCUCGGUGAGCAUUGAUGAGAGUAGCGCGUGGUGAAUGUUAUCUAUAAUAACCACGGCAACCACGACGAUGAUGGUGGCGAUGAUGCUCUGGCACCGAAAAUAUUUCUAAUGAGACAAAUUUACAUAUAACGUAUCCGUUGGCUGAUUUUCGUGCGUGCCCCUCCACCGUUUUAAAACGAUUGAAUGAAAACUAGUACAAAUAUUUUACAUUCCACUGUCAUCCAAAGCGAAAAUCUUGUAUACGCGUGUCUAUCACGGCCAAUUGAUCACCUCAUAUUAUUUAUAACCACAUAUUUCUUCGUGGAUAACAAUUUCUCUCCAUUCUGUCUCAACCUGUCAUUCUCAAUUUCAAAUUGUUGUUCCACUUUUGUUGAAAUAAAAUAAUGCAAAUCUCAACUCUCCGGGAUAAAAUAAUUAUUACGUAAUCGACGAUAAUUUGUCCGCGUAGAGCGAAAAGCAAAUUUAAUCACAACGUAUCACUUCGAUAUUUCAUCUCAACGAGAUUAGAAAAUCGGGCAAAUUUUAGAAACAUCUUUCUUUCAAAUUAGAAUUGGAAAGAGGGGGAAAUAUAUGGUUGGAAUAUUAUUUUAGCUUGGAACUAAUCCUUCUUCGCCAUUUACCGAUCAUUACCGAUGCAUUAGAACGAUUUGUUUAAACGGAGUGGUUUAGUACCGGCAAUUUUGGAAUGUUUACGAGGUUGAGAAGAAUAAUAACCGCAGAACAGUUGUUCCCAACCAGUUUCCAUCCGUGUUCGUAGAAAAUUUCGCUUUCGACCUAUAUUUUCGAGUUCGAAAAAUGCGUAAAAAUCGCUGAUGAAUCAUCUUGAAAGAGUCCCAGGAUUCGUUAUAUUUUUGCUGUACAGCAAGCCAGGUAGAAGUUAGUGUUGUAAUGGUUUGCAAUGCGUAGGUAGUAUCUAAUGUAAGAACAGCGACGUGUCUGAAAAUUGCAUGUCGAUCCGUUUCGUUAUCGCGAAGGAAUUAUAACUAUUUGCGCGAGGACAGAUAGAGAUAUUCGCGAAGGGUAUAUUUAAACAAUCGCCGUUAGAUGGCAUUGAAUUGAGUGACCGCGACAUAAUGGAGUCGACAACGAGUUUAAUCGACAAUAAAAUAACGAGAUGAAACGUGAAUGAUAAAAAAAGAAAAAGUCAUUAUCGAUUAAUUUUCCCGAUAAGAUAAAAAAUAAAUAUCCAUAUUUUCGUAUUUCCUUUUUUUUUCCUUUCUGCCAUUCUGAAAAAUUUCACCAACGAUAUUAUAUUUAAGAAGAUAUUGAUCCUCCCGAGUGCCGAUCGGAACGAUUCAUAACGUAAUCACGGUGCUAUUCGACGCUUUAAAUAUCGCGUUUGAAACGCGAUUAUUGUUAUAUAGGAAUGAAAAUAAUCCGCGAUCCAGUAAUAGUAGGGUGCACCACGACCACCUCGUCCCGAUGAUAUAAUUUAAGAAUCAAAAAUGUACAGGUGAUCGUGUAAUUCGAAUUGCAAUCUUCUGUGUGAUUUAGCGUCGGCCUUCCGACAUUACGGAGGGACCCACUUAUAACAUAUUUCAUUUUUCGUCGCGUCGCUCUAUUUUUGCGCCCACCAGUUUUCUAGCUGGUUUACCAGACGCUGUGGAUGUCUUUAUACCGGGACGGAAAAGCCGCGGCACUUCAGGUAUCCGUCGUCCGCCGUGCGAAGUAUCCGUCACCAUGGAGGAAGACGACCAAAAAAUGGCUGUAAUGCGAAAAGCAUUUCAAAUGUUCGAUACGACGAAAAGCGGAUUCAUCGAUACGUUGAAAAUUUCAACGAUAUUGAACACAAUGGGUCAAUUAUUCGACGAUUCCGACUUGAAUGCUUUGAUCUCCGAGAAUGAUCCGGAAGGGACUGGUAAAGUAAACUUCGAUGGAUUCUGCAGAAUCGCUGGCCGAUUCUUGGAGGAGGAGGACGCCGAGGCGAUGCAAGAAGAAUUGAAAGAGGCCUUCCGUUUAUACGAUCGUGAGGGAAAUGGAUAUAUUACAACGGCUACAUUGAAGGAGAUUCUUGCCGCCCUCGAUGAUAAACUUACCAGUGCGGAUUUAGACGGCAUAAUCGCCGAGAUCGAUACCGAUGGAUCAGGCACGGUUGAUUUUGAUGAAUUCAUGGAAAUGAUGACUGGAGAAUAAUCACGGAUGGAGAGAAUUGGCAGAGCGACGUCGAAGACAGUACAGUACUUUAAAACGAUAUUUUAAUAUUUUUGUCGAUACUAGUAUCCUGUGGAAAAAUUUGUUUAAUAAAACAACAAUGUAAAUUUCCUA